UCUUAACACCCGACCCAUCAGAUUCAAAUCAAUCACAUAAAUAUGUCAACUUCUUUUACAGACAUAUUAAUAGGACUAAGAUUCAUGCACACUUUCAUUUUUUGUUGUCCAUAAUUCAUGUGCUGAUAAGGAAAGGAGAAGAAGGAGCCGUUGCUAUAAAAAACAUAAUAGUAGGCUUUAAAGGCAAACAAAAACGUUUCAAAGGGGAGAGCUUUUGUUUUCCUGCACACAUUUAUCUCCCAUUUCUGGACCCAAGAGCCAGAUAGCGCCUGCGUUUUGAAUUUCGAAGUGGAACAGUGAGGGUGAGCAAGUUGGUAUAUAAAGCCAGGUUUUUUCUUGGAGAAAGAGUUGGAUUUUGCCGUUUUGGUGGACAUGGGUGAAGCUGCUUGUCUUGUAAGAUCGUUUUCUCAUCCUUCUGAUGCCUCCCGCACACAGGUCAGGUUUUGAAGCAUUUGUAGUAAAUUUGUUCAAUUUUCUGAAUUUCAGUUUUUGGGUGUCUUUGUUUUCUUUGAAAUUUUUAGUGGUUUCUCAGUGACCAAACAACAAAAGCAUAUUAGUAUUGCUUGGACUUUUAAUGGUUCCCUUUGAUGAUGCUGUGUGAGAUUAAAUGGAGAGAAAGUAAGUUAAAAUGUCAAUAAAGGAAUCUGCUUUUAAGAAACUCCUGUUCUUCAAUUUCUCAAAAGACUGAAUUUUUCCCCAUUAAUUAGGGUUUGAUAUUAUUUGUAUGAUUGUAUGCUUCUUUUCUUUUGCAAACUCCAUUGAUUCAUCAUGCAUUGCUUUUAAAGAUUGCAAGUUCUGGGUCUCCUUUCUGAUGUAUUCACAGUUAUUAAAAUUACAACUGCUCGAAACUUGGGGUUUUUGCUUGAUGAAUAAUUGUUGGUUUUUUAAUUAAGAAAAUUCUCAUGUUUUGUAUUUAUUGAGAUGAUUUUUGUGUGAAAGCACCAAAUUUAGUACUUCAUCUUUGAAUACUUUAGUCAGGAAGCGUAAAGAGUAAUGUCAAAUGGCAGGGUGACCCAAUUCAUGCUCUUAAAGAAUCAGUAUCUUUUGGUAGAUUUAUGUCAGAAUCUCUGGCUUGGGAGAAAUUUUCCACAUUUUCUCACAAUCGUUACUUGGAAGAAGCUGAACAGUUUGCGAAGCCAGGUACUGUUGCUGAGAAGAAAGCCUUUUUUGAAGCUCAUUUCAAGAAAAGGGCUGCAAUGAGAGAAGCAACCUGGGCAGAGGAAGCAAAGCUGGCUGCCAGUGUUUCCUUUCAAAUGCGAACCACAAAUGCAAUUCCAAAUGAUUCUUCAAAGACAGCUUCAGCAAAUGCUAAUAUCCCUCUGGCAAUUGCUAAGAAGCAGGAUACUAAUGUCCCUGAGAAUGAGGUAGCUGAUAGUGGUGAUGCUAGUGAAUGCAAUCCAAAUGUUGAAAGAGAUAACCUUGCCAACUUGGAAUGUCAAGCAGUAACAGAACAGAAUCUCAAUGAACAGAAUCUCAUCCAGGUUGAAAAAUCAAAACAUGAAGAAAAUGCAGGCAAGGAAAACAUGGUUUUGGCAAAACCAGACAAGAAGAUGGUCCAUAAGGAAUCUGCUGAUAACUCAUCCUCAUUAAGCAAGAAAAGAAGAACAAGUUCUUCAUCAAAGUCAUCAAGUAACAGCAAAGCAUCCCCACUUCCAUUAUGUCCUUCCAAACCGACCACUUCUGUACAAGCCAGGAAUGGUAAUGAUAAUAGUAAUGCUGCUUUGGGCAGUAGGAAGGCUGCAAAAGACUCAAAUGAGAAAAAGAGAAGAAUUCCAAAUUUGCUAGACAUGUCAAUCAAUGUCGCUUCUAGCAAUGGAGGAACUAGUAAAAGAUCACUCAAAAUGGCAAAAGAUGGUUCAACUUCUCAACAAAAACCAACCAGGAUUCUGCAGAGAGCUGCUGGUAAGGAGAAUUUGGUGUUAUUAAGCCAUAAAAGGCACUCAAAUCCCAAAUCAAAGUCAUCAACUCUUGGUGGUACAUCCAAGCUUCAAUUACCACCUGCCAGACAAGCAACCACCAGAAUAGGAAACAGUGAUGCUUUCAUUAAUAAGAAGUCUGCUGGAGAUUCAAACAACACAGAGAGAAUGAUUUCAAAAUCCCUCCAAAGGUCAAUAAAUUUUGCUUCUUUUGCUAAUGAAACAAGUAAAACAUCACCCACAAUGCCCAGGGACCUUUCAGCACCACUACCAGCUCCUACCAAGGCAUCUGUUAAUGCGGAAUCAAAGCAUCCUUCAAAAGUUCUUCCGUCAGAUGAUAGAUGCUGUUCAGAAUCUUCAAACCCCAGUGGAACCAGAGCACGGCCAUUUAGCUUUAGGAGUGAAGAAAGGGCAGCAAAAAGAAAAGAGUUCUUUCAGAAGCUUGAAGAAAAACUCAAUUCAAAGGAGGUAGAAAAAGUGCAAAUGCCAACUCGAUCAAAGAUCCCUUUGAUACGGCCUCAAUCACCAAAACUUGGAAGGAAGUCAUCUCCCAAAAGUGUGCCGCAUGCAAGCUCUAGGCUGCCUCUGAGGCCUUCCAUCAAUACCACAAGUUCCAAUGGUGUUAUACAGAAAAAUAACAGAACAACUUGUUAUGUGACGAUGAACUCACUUGCAAAGAGCAGACAUGAGAAUGCUUCUCCAAACAUCCAGCCUUCAGUUGUCAAUGACAGUACUUCCCACAGGCAAGGGCAUGUAAGACAAUCGGUUAAUCAUUGACUUAAGAAUGUUUUUCCACAAUUUCUUUGUAAUUACAAUCAGUGAGGCGAAAAAAUAUUGUAAGGGAAGAAAGGAUUCAUAUUUAGGAUUUUGAUAUCAGCAGAGAGCUUGUAAUUGUUGAAGAGCAAGACAAAGAGGCAAUUUACUGCAAGUAAUGAGAUUAGAAAUUUUGAAUCAGCUACCUACAAGACUGCUGCU